AUAAAUCGUCAGAAAACUUUCGUACUUGUCAUGUGGAACUUAAAAUAUGCAAUAAUUAUUCCAAGGUACUACGUAUAAUUCUUCAAAUUGUGAUUCGUCGAUUUUACAUGGCGUGACUAAACAAGCUCGUACACGGUGAUAUAGUUCAACUCCGAUACAACAGUAACAACUUUCGAAUAUCUCGUGAGUAAUAAUUUUCAAUCAGUACGAAUUUUGCAUUCGAGUCGUCCAAAUCAAUCGUCUCUCUUGCGAACCGCUUAUGAACAUAAUUUUUCGAUCGUUUUUACUCAGUUCGGUCUCGUGUCAUACGACAAAGUUGCAUUUAUCAACAGUUCGGUCAAAUUUACUAUGGGAGUUAAUGCGGUACAGAAUUAUGGUAACGAUAUGACGGAAAAAGCAGCCCGUAUUUGUAGAGCGUAUUUACCCGGAGCUUGGAAGAAGAUUACAACUUCUGACGUCGAAGUAACACGUAUCAGCGGCGGCCUGAGCAAUUGGUUGUAUCACGUGAAAUUACUCAAACAUGUGAAUAAUUACGCAGAAAGCAGCCCACGCGAGGUGAUGUUACGAUUAUACGGACAAUCUCACGGAGAAUGCAAUAUCCAACACUUGAUCAGCGAAUCGGUGGUAUUCGCUUUAUUAUCGGAACGUAAAUUAGGCCCCAAGUUGCACGGGGUGUUUACAGGUGGCAGAAUUGAAGAAUAUAUUCCGGCCAGACCCUUAAAAUUAGCCGAAAUGAGUGACCCGAAGCUUAGCAUGUGGAUAGCCGAGAAAAUGGCAGCCCUGCAUUCGUUAAAUUUGCCAUUAAGUAAAGAACCGUCGUUUAUUUGGGAAACUACUAAAAGAUGGUUGGACGAAGUAGGAGACGUUCACGCAUUACAGUUCGAUAAUGUUAGAUUGCAAACCUUAUUAAAAAGGGACCUGUACACGGAGCUGAAAUGGCUAAGGUCGUACCUGACUAAAUUCCAUUCGCCUGUGGUAUUCUGCCAUAACGAUAUGCAAGAGGGCAAUAUACUGAUUAAAUCGCAGUCGCAACCGCAGUUGCAGCAACUUCAGCCUCAACAGCAAUCGCACAACGACGAUGAAUUCGUGGUGGUCGCCGACGAUAAACCUUCGUCUUCGGCAUCUCUAAUAAUCAUCGAUUACGAAUACUGCGCUUAUAAUUAUAGAGCUUUCGAAAUAGCUAAUCACUUCAUGGAGUGGGUUUUCGAUUACAAAGUUCCUGACUAUCCGUAUUUCAGCGUACAUGUCGAUAAUUACCCUACGAUGCAACAACAGAGAACUUUCGUCGAACAUUAUUUGAAAUCGUUGGGCAGUGAUGAAUCAGCCGAUGUGAUCUUGGAAGAAGUUAAACAUUUCACUUUAGCUACUCAUUUCUUAUGGGUUAUUUGGAGUUUAAUUAAUGGCAAAUCGUCCAAAAUUACAUUCGGGUAUUGGGAAUUCGCCGCCGAAAGACUGCAGAUGUAUUACACGUUGAAAUCUCAGCUGUUGAAUAGCUCUCCUUCGAGUCUACUUAUGUCGAGGAUUUUCCGACCACGUUGACGAGCAGCGACGUUUCUUUUCUAUUUUAUUUUUACAACCUUACUACAAGACAACAAACGGCGUAAAUGAUGCAUACAAAAACCCGAUGUGAUAAUUUCGUAGCUAGCCUACCGAUUACCUACGAAAUUUGAAAACGAUGUUUUUCUUUUUAUUAGAACGUUGCACUGUUGAACUCGCACUUUCUGAGAUCCUAUUUUAAUUUCAAGUUUUUUUUUUCUCUUUCUCUUUUUUUUUUCUAUUUAUUUAUUAAUUUUAAUUUAUUAUUUUAAUUUAUUUAUUCGCCCUUCUGUACGAAAUAAGUGUUGUAUCUUGAGUACGAAGUAUUUUCUGGCUGUUGUUUCCUAUCUAAGACUCGAAGCGUCGUAUCUUCGCCGAUACGAGCACGAUGUAGUAUUAAGUUUCAUCUUAUAUAUCAAUUUGAAAGGCCUUCAAAGGCCGAGUACACGCCGGUUUCUCUUUUAGUUGGGACAUCAAGUCCAGGGCAUUUUCAUCCGGUCCUCAUCUUUCAGUUUCACCGUGCCGGUUUAUAAGACAUCAAGUCAAUUGAACUUUCAUCCGGUUCAUCAUCCCUUUCUAUAUCGGUUUAGGACUUCAAGUCCGGAGAACUCGUCUUUCAUCCGGCUCAUAUUCCAAUGUACCUAACCGAAUCGCAACAGUGAAUAUUUCGGAGUGUGGUGUUUCGCGUAUAGUGUAGUGUAAUGUAAUGUGUAGAAAAAGAGUUGAUUUCUUUUUUUUUGUCGUUGUAUAGCGUCGUCAUUUCGUAAUUAUUGUACUUAUGAAUUCGUCUAUGUCUAUUUUUUUUUUCUUUCAUACAUAUAUAAACGCUGGAAAUUUUAAUUCGUUUGACUGGUAAUAUUUUUUUUCGUAAGAAUAUGGAUUUUUUUUAAUAAUAUGAGAUUGACCAAGCAGCAAUAGUGGUGGGAAUUGAUACCAGUAGAAAUAGAAUGAUACGUUCCAUUUUCUAUUUUUAGUCACUUUUUACGAAGACGUUGUGUUUACUUAGUAUUUAUUUAGUUUCUGUUUGCGUUUCUGUGUUAAAUUUUCAAAUAUAUCUUGAGAUUUGUA